AUGCAGAUCUUCGUGAAAACCCUAACGGGGAAGACGAUAACCCUCGAGGUUGAGUCUUCUGACACCAUCGACAACGUGAAGGCAAAGAUCCAAGACAAGGAAGGAAUUCCCCCGGACCAGCAGCGUCUCAUCUUCGCCGGAAAGCAGUUGGAAGACGGCCGCACUCUCGCCGACUACAACAUCCAGAAGGAGUCAACUCUCCAUCUCGUCCUCCGUCUUCGUGGUGGCGCAAAGAAGCGUAAGAAGAAGACCUACACCAAGCCUAAGAAGAUCAAGCAUAAGCACAGGAAGGUGAAGCUCGCGGUUCUGCAGUUCUAUAAGGUUGAUGAUUCUGGAAAGGUGCAGAGGCUGAGGAAGGAGUGCCCUAAUGCAGAGUGUGGUGCGGGGACUUUCAUGGCGAAUCAUUUUGAUCGUCAUUACUGUGGUAAGUGUGGGCUUACCUAUGUUUACCAAAAGGCUGAAGCUUGA